UUGAGACGAUGUACCACCCUCAGUGCGAGCUCCUGAUGCCCCACGAGACGCUGAACAUGGAUGUCGGCCAGUCGCACCUCCCCGCCUCCUCCGUCACCGCUAUGCCGGCAGACCUAAACUUCCACCUCCUCUCCUACGUCGAUCCCGCAGCUGCUACGGCCGUCUCGCCCCAGCCCACCGUGGAGUACUUCUUCGGCGGCACCGACCAGCCGCCUGUCCAGUUCGAGCAGCUGGCCGCCACCAACCACCAGGCGAUGAGCAUGCUGCGGGACUACUACGGCCAGUACCCCGCGGCCGCCGAGACGUACCUCCGCGGCGGGCCGAGGACCGGGUCGUCGUCCCUCGUGUUCGGCGCCGCAGAGGACGAGUCGACCUACUUGGUCGGCCCCUUCGAGACCUCCCCGAAGCCACGGGCCAGCGGCGGCAGGAAGCGGGGCCGUGGCACCGGCGGCUUCAACGGCGGGCAGAACAACGGCGUCGAGAAGAAGGAGAAGCAGCGCCGGAUGCGCCUAAGCGAGAAGUUCACCGCCCUCAUGCUCCUCAUCCCCAACCGCACCAAGGAGGAUCGGGCCACCAUAAUCGCGGACGCGAUCGAGUACAUCCAGGAGCUGGGGAGGACGGUGGAGGAGCUGUCACUGCUGGUCGAGAAGAAGAGGCGCCGGACGGAGCACCAGGGGGACGUGGUGGACGCGGCUCCCGCGGUAUCGGCCGGAGAGUCGGAGAGCUCCGAGGGCGAGGUGGCGGCCGCGGUGGUGGCCGAGCCGGCGCUGCAACCGAUCCGGAGCACGUACAUCCAGCGGAAGAGCAAGGAGACGUUCGUCGACGUGCGCAUCGUCGAGGACGAGGUGAACAUCAAGCUCACCAAGCGCCGACGUGACGGGUGCCUCGCCGCCGCGUCCCGGGCGCUCGACCACCUCCGCCUCGACCUCGUCCACCUCUCCGGCGGCAAGAUCGGCGACUGCCACAUCUACAUGUUCAACACUAAGAUUCAUCAGGGAUCUCCAGUGUUUGCAAGCGCAGUAGCGAGUAAGCUGAUUGAAGUCGUGGAUGAGUACUAGCUAUCAUAGCCUCUACCGAUGCAAGUUUCUCUACAUUGCUAGCUAGCUAUAGCUAGGGUUCUUGGGUAUCUGCAUGAGUAGU